GACCAUCACCAACUGAGGAUUAAGAUCCUUGGAGACUGUUACUAUUGCAUCUGUGGUCUUCCUGAUUUCAGAGAGGACCACGCUGCCUGCUCCAUAAAUAUGGGCCUCGCCAUGGUGGAUGCAAUAUCGUACGUACGAGAGAAGACUAAAACUGAAGUGGACAUGCGUGUGGGCGUCCACACAGGCACCGUGCUGGGGGGGGUGCUGGGGCAGAAAAAGUGGCAGUUUGACGUUUGGUCCACAGACGUAACUGUAGCCAAUAAGAUGGAAUCUGGGGGGAUACCUGGGAGAGUGCACAUUUCCCAGACAACCAAGGACUGUCUGCUAGGAGGUUUUGACCUGGAGCCGGGGGAGGGCGGGGAGAGGUGCGAGUACCUGAUGGAGAAAGGCAUCGACACUUACCUGGUGCUGGUGCCUAAACAGGCGGCCAAUGGGCUCAAUGCAAAUAAACCUGGGAUGUUGUCCAACACAAAUUCAAACCAGUUAAUCAACACUACAGUAACCAAUGGGAAUGCCACCUCACCCCAAUUAACGGCCGCUGACUGUAAACAGGAG